AGUUCCCCUCCGACCCAUGUUGGGUUCUCUCCGAGAACUCAACCAUAAUGUUCGAACACGCUUCAUCUACGACUUCUUCAUCUACACUUCGAGCGGGAUGUGGGGCAACGCGAUGCUGUCGGUGUACCUCCUCAAGUUGACCAACAGCACCAAGAGAGUUGGGUUCGCCGAAGGAGCUCAGGGCGUCUGCAUGGCAAUCUCGGCGCUCCCCGCUGGAUACCUUGCUGACAAGUUCGGGAGGUCGAGGUUGUUGAAAGUAGCUGUGGUAGUCGGGCUGCUCGCGCUGACGACAGGACAAGCUGCGAUCUGGUUCUGCCAGAGCGAUUCCAGCAGCUACAUUUCGAUGCUCGUCUCGUUGUGUCUUUGGGGAACUUUCACCGGCAUUUCCAACCCGGCGCUAGAGGCUCUCUUCGCCGACUCAGUGGAGUCAGGACGGCGAUCGUCGCUCUACACGUGGAAGGCGACUUUCGUGUCGUUGGCGAACGCGACGGGCCCAACCUUGAACGUAGCGCUGUUCCUGUCCAUCGGCAACUCGUGGACCAUUGCGAUCAUAAGACCGAUCUUGUCGGCGGGGAUGAUGGUAGCGCUCGUUCCUAUAUUCCUCCUCUGCUUCUUCUCGGACAGGAAGGCGCUGGAUGCUUCGAGUGAAGGGCAUGCGGGCCGAGCUGGCAACCGACUUAAGUUAGUAUUUUCCAUGGCUCCUUGUCAAACUUUGCCUCUUGUUCUCUUUUUUGCAGAAGUUGAUGAGCGUCUAUCAUAUUGUUCGGAUCUAGAAGAUGUAGUAGAAGACGGAGACAGUCAGGAAGAAAGCAAAGAAACAGACAAGCUCCUCGGCAACGGAAGGGAGGACGAAGUGUCUCAACAAAGUGAACAACAUCAGAACGGAGAUUGUGAUGACGACGACGACGAUGACAAUGCAAGGAAAAUGAGGCAGAAAAAGUUUUGGAUCCCUGCGAUUCUGAUAUGCAGUGACAUCAUAGCGGCUCUGGCCUCUGGGAUGACCAUCAAAUUCUUUCCGCUGUUUUUUCAGAACGAAACAAACCUUGAGCCUGUCUUUGUCAACGUCAUCUACAUUGCGAGCCCUCUCAUGCUGUCUUUGUUUGCGAUUGUAGCACAGAGAGUGUCUUUGAAGAUCGGAAGAAUGCAAGUUUGCCUCAUGUUCAAGAUCUUUGGGAUUCUUCUUCUUUGUUUGAUGGGGCUCGAAAAUGCCGCAGGCACUAUCUUUUCCUUCUCGUGCUUCUUCUUGCAAGCUGACAUGUUAUUCUCAAAGCUUCUCAAGUCUGUGACAUUUGACUUCGUCACGAAAGCGGACCGAGCGAAAUGGGCUUCUCUAGACAGCAUUUCUCGCUUUGGGUGGAGCGGAAGCGCAGUGGUGGGCGGCAUCCUGAUAGACAAGUUCGGCUAUGGCGAGACCUUCUUCCUGACCGCCGCCAUGCAAGCAUGCGGCGCCGUCCUCUACCUCCUCGUCAUCCCGCUGGUACCAGUGAAGGAGGAGGAGCUGGUCCGGGGACACGAUCAACACGCUGCAGACGGUGAGGAGAUAUGGCUCAACGAUAUUGAUGCCUGUAUGAUGAACAUGAGGGACAAGGUGUUCUUUGACGUUGCCAUGUUUGCUUGUGAAAGAUUUGGAUAUUCUCUUCCUCUUCAUCCUCCUCUUCCUCCUCCUGCCCUUCCUUCGCUCUCUCGCUCACUCUCUGACCUCGCAGGUACUUCUCCUCCAGACACUCCUUCGUCUCUUCCCGCCAUCCACAGCCAGCCCAAGGAGAUCCCACACAGGAGCAGGGACCAUUUCGAAGACGUGGCGUUUCCUUCCUCCUUCUCCCCCUCCUUCUCUGCGUGA